GUUUGUUGACAUAUUUUCAGGCUUUUGUGACCUUUUUGAAAUUGGUGCUGAGAGCCAUUUUUACUUCGAGCAGAUCUACCAUACCGAGUUUUUCAGUGUCAUAUAUGACGUUGGACACAAUAUUUGACGGAAGGUCGGAAAGGGUGCUCCCUUCGAGUAUCACCGAUUCAAACGUUCGGAAAGGGCCCUCUGGCUCAAAAUUUUUCGAGUAUAUGUACGUCGCACAUGUCGAGCCCGCUUCGGAGACUGAGUCAUCCUGCCAUAGGGCGGACGAGUCCUCAAGUCUAGAUGAGCUUUGGAAGCUGCAGCCAUUUCGCUCGUGA